UUGAGACUCUGGAGAGCAGAUUAGAAGUGUCGAUAAUGCCUCCGAGGCGGAAAGCAAAACAAAUUGUCAAACUCACUGAAGAAGAGAACAGAGACGAAGGGAUCCAAAGAGAAGAUGACCAAGAAGCUGAAAGACAAAUUGCUGCAAUUAAGGCAAUCCGUGAUGUUGAGAUCGAACAGAGCUUAACUGCAUUGAGGUUACUCUGCUCAUAUUACGCCGAGGAACAGCUGCAGAAACCUGUGUUAGAGUUCUUUAAAGAGAACCUUCCUGCUAUCUCUUUCCAUGAAGAAAACGGAGAGAUUUUGUUUAAGUGGAAUGACAAAUGUGUGAGAUCAACCCUGUUAGGAACUGAUAACACACACCUCCGGAAUCUUGUCUUUUUAAGGACAUCCGAGAACCGAAUGCUUGUAAGCUAUGAUGCUCUUCGGACUCCUGAGGCAUAUGUAUUCAUGAUUUGUACUCCCUUUUUAUUCUCUGUUGAAAACUGUGAUCACAUUAGCAGGGUUCUUAGUUUGAAUGACAUUUCAUUUGUAAACUUUGCAGGUAAAUGGGCAAAGGCUCUCUUUUCGAAUGACACCAAUGACUCGGAGGCAACCAAAACCUGGAGAGAUGAUGCUCUCUGUGCAUGGCUCUCCUUUGGGGUUCUAUGA